CAGAUGUGGAUGCGAGGAAAAAGGGCCAGCAACAAUGUGAUAGACAACACAGCCCCGCCGCUCCGUUCAGCGUAGUAGUGGAUAUCCUCUCGGCGGACGGAGAGCCGAGGCGAGCCAAGCAGAGCUGCGUGCCCGCUGUGCGGCAAGGCGAACAGGAGCAAAAUGGACCGCCGGGCACCACCACCACCACCACCAGCACCAGCAGAAGCAGCAGCAGCAGCAGCAUCCACGGAGGGCAGACACAGUUUUUAGCACUUACAAGACUAGCCCUGUCCUCCUCCCCCGCCUCUCCAUCUGUGCCACGCAUUUAUGUUGUUUCACCGCAGUUACUGAGGCACACAUCCUGAUUGCUGCCAGGGUCCUGUUAUAUCCUGGCGGUCAUGUGGACAUGAAGAAAUAGAGCCAUCAGUCGAGGCCCUCCAGCCGACCUCUGGGCUAAGUCCUGGCUGUGGGGCUUUGUUGUUGGUGGGCCAGCUGAAGAGGCGUGUAUGUGAGUGAGAGGUAAUGAAGUCCAAUAUGAGGCAGUGGCGGAGGUUGGUGCUGGUGGGAAUGCUGGCCUGGGUUCUCCUCUUCCUUGCCCUCCUCUCUUACUUCCUGGAUGCUCGUGUGGAUGAGCCCCUGACCUCUGCUGGCUCUUUACUCUCCCAGCACCCUGACACCCGUCGCUUGGCCUCCAUACAGGCCUCCCAUCACCAGCACGCCAUCAUGGGCUCUCGGCCUGAACUGACUUUGACAUUAACUACAACCUACCCCGGAGACGAGCCAGAGCCGGAGCCUUCCGCUAGCUCCACGACCGCAGAGUCCAGCCUGGAGGUGAGCCACAGCCCAAACAGCGCCCCCUAUGCCAUCUAUGGUAGCCAGGAAGCCAGCCGCCAGGAUUACCUGGACCCCCAGAGCCUGGCUGCCUGGUCCUCCUUUGGUACAGAGAACGUGGGCUCUCACUCAGACCCUGCAGUCCAGAGUCGUGAGAGAACAUCUCAGACAACCGAGUAUCAGAACCAUGUCAGCACCAAACACCACCACCCUGGGGAGGAGGAGGAAGAAGAUGACAGGGAAAAUGAAGACGAAGAGCUGGAAAACAGAGUGAGGACUACAGCAGACAGGAGGGCAGGUGGUGACUCCUCUGAUCUGGAGGAAUAUUACUUCUCCAAGUCAGCCUCUGUGGUGCAGCGGCUGUGGCGGGGCCGUGUGUCUGCCGGCAUGCUGAGUCCUCGACUGCAGCGCGCCAUGAAAGACUACGUGAGCGCCAACAAACACCAUGUUUCCUACGCAGGGCGUCGCAGGGCUGCCCAGAAUUCCAAGGAGCUGCUGUGUCAAAUGAAAGCCCAGGCCCGGCUCAGGACAGUGGACGGCUCGGAGCAGCCCUUCUCCUCACUCGGCUGGGCUCGUCUUGUGCCGUCCCUUCCUCUGGAACACCUGUACAAGCAGCAGGACCAGAGUCGCUUUAAGAGCUGUGCGGUGGUCACCUCGGCUGGUGCCAUCCUGCGCUCAGGACUGGGCAAAGAGAUCGACACCCACGAUGCAGUUUUACGGUUCAACGCUGCACCUACAGAGGGAUAUGUGAGAGACGUGGGGAGCAAAACCACUAUCCGCAUCAUCAACUCGCAGAUUCUGGCCAAUCCUAAGCAUCGAUUCAACGCUAGCUCGAUCUACAAGAAUGUGACUCUGGUGGCCUGGGACCCUGCGCCUUACACUGUCAACUUACAAAAGUGGUACGGCAGUCCAGACUACAACCUGUUCGGCCCGUAUGUGGAGCACCGCAAGCUCCAUCCUGGCCAGCCAUUCUACAUUCUUCACCCCAGCUACGUGUGGCAACUCUGGGAUGUGAUUCAGGGCAACACUCAGGAGAACAUCCAGCCCAAUCCUCCCUCAUCUGGCUUCAUAGGCAUCCUCCUGAUGAUGGCGCUCUGCGAGCAAGUGCAUGUGUACGAGUACAUUCCCUCCAUGAGGCAGACAGACCUGUGCCACUACCACGAGCGUUAUUAUGAUGCCGCCUGUACACUGGGCGCCUACCAUCCCCUCCUAUAUGAGAAGAGCUUGAUCCAGCGGAUCAACACGGGCCCCGAGAGGGACCUCAGGAGGAAGGGACGGGUCACUCUCCCAGGCUUCAGCACCGUCAACUGUGACAUCUGAGAUAUGAAAACUGACCCUCUGAGCCUGAACGUACACACACUCUGGCCUUUUGUGGUUGACUAAGGGAGAGGUGCAAUAAAGCCACUGGAGACAGGGAAGCUUAAGCUUACAAAUUUCAAAUUAGACCCAAGUAGAACAUAAGCCAUACCCCUCCAAGGAGGGAUCAAUGUGGAGGCUUCCGACAGAACUUGUCUACUUCAAGCUGGUUUACUAGAAAAGAGACUUCCAGGAAGAGUCUCCAAGAUGGAUCUGAAAAAGAUGUUUCUCUCUGCUUUAGCUGAGCCAUGUUAGCUGUGAAGCUGACUAGGGUAGCACCAGAUCAGCGUUGUUAGAUAGACAAGUGAAUUUUCAACAAGUGGAUGUGUUUCUAUGGUUUAAAAUCUGUGUUUUUCAAUAGUAUGGGUGGGUACUCCACUUAAAGGAAAUGCCACUGUUUAUAACUGUGGAUAUUUGUGAUUUUAUUUUUAUUUUUUACUGGUCCUCCCUGCUGAAUGUCACAAAUGCAACACACUUUCACAGAGACACACACACACACACACACACACACACACACACACACACACACACACACACACUUACAUACAUGACGCAGCAACACAUGCAGAAGAAUGCACAGUAUAAAAGGCAGAUCCAGCAUUCGCACAGAGACAAAGUCAAGCUGUCACAUCACUCAUAUUACUGUGCAUUUCAUUGCUCUAGCAGCUGUUCCUGUUUGACAUUCCUCUGAUAUCGUCGUGAGUAAUGAAAAGUUGUUUUGCGUGUUGUCACGAGGCAUUAAUUUCACUCUUGCUGACGUUGUUAGACUAAUACUAAAUAACUCUUCUGCGCAGGCUAAGCUAACUCACAGUCACCAGGUUGUCACUUCUUGCUCACAUGGGUCGGAUGAUUCCUCAUUCAAUGUCAAAAAGCCUGUAUCUCAGUUAAAAGCUCGCAGAAAGGCACUGCUUGUCCUUUUUGGAUCCAUUCUACCUAUAGUAACUUUUUAUUUACUGAGGGUAUAAUUAAAUCAAAGUAACUGGGGCCAAAAUGGAUCUACUGAACAAACAUGUGCUCAGAGUAGCCGUAACCCUGUGCCUAGUGGUCGCCGGAACACUCAUGGCUGUUUUGGAUACAUGCAGUACAAUACUGCGGCAGGACUGCAGUACCAUGGAGUUUGGCGCGGAGCAGCUGAUACUGCUGAAGUGAUCUGUAUCAGGGGAUUCUCAGCUCUGCCUCAGCAAUCACCAGCCCCUGUUUUUGAUCGUCAGUUUACUCUUUAUUGAAUGUAAUUUUACCAGAAAGUGGAAUGGCCAAACCCUUCCAUGAGCUCACUACUGCAGUAUGGUCUGCGUUUGUGCAGCUCAUUGCAGGGUUAUUUCUUUGUCAUGUAACAGCUGGAAGCUCAUUUCCUACAACUAUAAAUGUCUCAUACUUUCUGAAUCCUCUAAUAUUGGUCUGUAGCUGUCCACAGCUCAGAGUGGAGAUGAUUAUAAAGGAGGAAUUUAUACUGGCAAUAUCAUCAGAUUUGCUUUGUCUCCAGCUAGGAUGAUUUUUAUGUUUACAGUGAGUCAGUUCCACAUCGGCAGUAAGCUCUAGAGGUAUUAGUUCAGUGUGGAAACGAGGGUUGGUGGUGUUUUUUUUUUGCUGCAGACAUGCAGUCAGAAAAAUCUUGCCUAUAGCAGAGAUUUUUAUUACUGGGUGUGCUAUUUUAAAAAAAAACAAAAAAAAAAAAAGUGCUUGUGCUAUUGGUUGUGGUUCGGUAUAACGUGAAAACUUGAAAUGUUUGAAUCUUUGAAUAGUCUUAUGAAUAUUGAAAAAGAGGGCUAUGUAGAUGAUUCUGGGGUUGGUAUCAUCCAAAGUCUAUCAGUAUUGGUACAAACACACACUGUGCUGAUACAAAAAGACUACAUUUUGGAACAAACUCAACAAUCUCUUUUAUAACUCAGGCUAUACCUGAUCAAAGGAAAAAAGUAAGCAUUGAUCAAAUAUUUGGUGCCAAUAUUUAAUUCUUCACAGUAUGGAUGGGCGAUAUAUAAAAUCUUCUAUCACGGUAUUUAUAUUGCAACACUGAUAUACUGUAUAUCGUGAUCUAGUACAUUUUUUGGAAAUUGAAUCAAGGAACUGUGUUUAGAUGAAAUAAUCAGACAGCAAUGACUAAUUCAGUGAAUUACAUACAUGACAGAAGUACUUCAUCACAUUGAUGCAAAAUGCUGCAGAUCGAAUAUUGCCAGGAAAGCAUCUACCACAAUGGUCUUAAGAUGCUGAAGAUAUAUCCGUGUCAGUGGAAAUGGUACAGAAAUGUGUGUGUAUCUAUAUUAAAUAUAUAUAUCUAUAUAUAUUUAUAUAUCUAUAUAUAUAUA